AUGACCGAGUCUUCAGAGUCCUCGGAGCGAUUGCUGACGGGCUGUCUGACGGUUGAGGGCAAAGAGUGCAAUGGUACAGCUGAAGGCGGAAUCCAAGGCACCGCCGAAUCGCACCAAAAAUUGCUUUGUACGACUACGAGUGCAGCACAAAUGCCACGCAGAGGAAUCGAGACAGGAGAAAUCCAGACAGAGCCCACGGAUGCAAUUGUUUCUUGUGUCCCAACCACUCUUUUCUCGAACUCUCUUCACACUCGGGAUUCGGGUGACAAAGACGAGGUGCAACAAUCGCAAGGCCGCAUUUGCAUCCGCAUAAAGCAGAUCGAUGGAAUUGUAGCGACACAAGAAUCGUCAGACCAGCGGGAGCCAGCUGUCAGACCGUCAGACGUUUCGACCGGCGAAGGCAAAAGUUAUCGGCCGUGGAACAACACAACCAAAGGUGCGAACAAGAAGGGUUUUGAUCGGUCGCUGCGGAAAAAGAUGCAUACACUAUGA